UUGUCUCCUCUCUUCUCCACAGCUGAUGUGACUCUGGACCCUGAUACAGCGAACCGCUAUCUCAUCCUGUCUGAGGACGGGAAACAAGUGAGACUGGGAGCGACACGGCAGGAUCUCCCUGACAAUCCAGAGAGAUUUGAUCCUGUUGUCAGUGUCCUGGGCAGGCAGGGCUUCACCUCAGGGAGACAUUACUGGCAGGUAGAGGUGGGGGAGAAGAAUGCAUGGUCUUUGGGAGUGGCUAGAGAGUCCACCAACAGAAAGGGGAAUAUUACACUGAGUCCUAAGAAUGGUUAUUGGACUUUGUGGCUGAGGGAUGGAGAGUACAAGGCUCUGGCUGACUCCUCUAUCCCCCCUCCCCGCCUGAGUGUGAAGCCCCGGAUGCUGGGGGUGUAUCUGGAUUAUGAUGAAGGGCAGGUCUCCUUUUACAAUGCGAACACCAGCUCUCACAUCUACACUUUCACUGACACCUUCACUGAGAAGCUCUAUCCAUACUUCAGUCCUUAUAUUAAUAGAGAUGGUAAAAACGCAGCCCCGCUGAUCAUCCUCCCUGUCAGUGAUAGAGAUUGAAUAAAGUGGUGUAUCUGUAUGACAGCCUAUACCAGCACUGAUAAUCCUGUUCACUGCAUUAUUUCUUGCCCAAAUAUUUCUCCAUCUACCUAUAAUUGUUUUACCGAUCAGCCCUGACAGUAAUUAUGAGCUUGACAAAACUAUGGGAGUGCUCAUCACAUUUAACACACCCCUGUGACUUGUGCACAUGGGCUGUCCCUCACAUGCCCGUCACAUUUAACACACCCCUGUGACUUGUGCACAUGGACUGUCCCUCACAUGCCCGUCA